AGUGGCUGUACGCCCGCGACGGGCUAGAGGAAAAGAGCCUUACUCGUACGUCGUCGUUGGUGCGUUUGUUGGAACUGUCGUUGGUACUUUUCAAGGAGAAGAGAAGAGAUCGAGAUCAAUUUCUUAAGCGUCGAUGCGUUCCAUCUUCCGGUGACGUCCAGAUUGUUCCGCGAUCGAUUGAAACCUUCCAAACUCCAAAGAAACCAUGGGAGCAGAGACCAGUUUGCCGUAGAAAUAGAGGACGGUUUUUUCCAGUUUGCAACGUGAAAGAUCGAAUCCUGGGGCUGAAUUCCUGAUCUCUGGGAGAGGUAGUGUCAGUGAGUGACGUCACGAUGCGCAUGUUGCCGUUGCUGAGAGUGGUGUUAGGUGCGCUGCUAGCGAGCGUAAGCGAGGGCACCGAGAGCAGCGCUGGGCCCGGCGGAAACAGGAACACCAGCGCGACCGUCGGCGCGACCGACGGCGCGACCGGUGGCGCUGUCGGCGGCGCGACCGGCAGCGCGGAAAAGCUCGCGGCUGGGGAACGCGAGCAGGCGAUCGCUGGCGUGGAAGCGAGCCUGCUCUCCUUGCUGGGCUUCGCCAAAAGGCCCAGACCCCAGCGUCCGGCCUACGUCCCGGAACCUCUCAAGAGGCUCUACAAGAAGCAAAACGUCAUCGGCAUGGCUGACAUCGCCCGACCGGGUAUCCACGCAAGGUCGGCCAACACCGUGCGUUCUUUUGCUCAUGUCGAAAGCGAGGUGGACCUAAAGUUCCAGUCGCCCAAUCGGUUCCGCCUGGCCUUCGACCUGAGCGGCAUCCCGGCGGGCGAAUCGCUGCAGGCGGCCGAGCUGACGUUGACUCGUGCCCGCCAGGCCGACGGCCCGCGACUGCUGCGCGUCCUGGUGCACGACAUCGUGCGCCCGGGCCUCAAGGGACGCAGCAAGCCGCUGCUGCGACUGAUCGACGGGAAAACCAUCGACGCUCGGAGGAACGGCUCGGUGAGCUUGGACGUGCAGCCGGCAGCCGAACGAUGGCUCGCGGAGCGAGCGCACAACCACGGGCUGCUGGUGGAGGUGCGGGACGCGGACUCGCACGCGGACUCGCACGCGGGCGCGAGCAGAGGGGGCCACAUCCGUCUGCGGCGCAGCGCCGACGAGCCCGGCGAAAUCUGGGCUUCGAGCCGGCCGCUGCUCUUCGCGUACACAAACGACGGGCGCAACAAGGCGGCCUCCGCCCGGCAGAUCAUGGACCGACGCGCCCGGCGCGCGGCGCUCCGCAAGAACCGGCGGAAGGACGGCCGCGAAAACUGCCGGCGGCACCCGCUCUACGUCGAUUUCGCCGACGUCGGCUGGAACGACUGGAUCGUCGCGCCGCCCGGCUACGACGCCUUCUACUGCCACGGCGACUGUCCCUUCCCCUUAGCCGACCACCUCAACUCGACGAACCAUGCGAUCGUCCAAAACCUCGUCUACUCGACCAACCCUAGCAUGGUACCCAAGGCCUGCUGCGUGCCCACGGCUCUCAGCUCCAUCUCGAUGCUCUACCUCGACGAGGAGAACAAGGUCGUCCUCAAGAAUUACCAGGACAUGGCGGUCCUCGGGUGUGGCUGCCGCUGAACGUUCGAAGACGUCCGGAGACGUCCGGAGACGUCCGGAGACGUCCGGAGACGUCCGGAGACGUCCGGAGACGUCCGGAGACGUCCGGAGACGUCCGGAGACGCCGGGAGAAACGGUCGCUCCGCGGAUUACUCCAUCCUCGAACCGGCCGUGAGCCGAGCGAGGGAGCGAGUGCGUGACGCUACCGCAUUCUCCGUGGUUUCGGUAAUCAACAAACCCGGCGGCCUGUGAACUAAGAGCGUUAUGUGCGCGGUAGGUAUGUCAGGCCUCCUUGGAUACGUAGAAUUUAUUAAUAAGCCGCCGGAGAGGCGGAGGGGCCGAGAAAGAGAGAGGAACCGGUAUAGAUUUAUAUAGCUGCGGCCAGGCAGGUGCUAUUUAUCCCGGCCGACCAAGGAAUCUACCGAAAGCCCCGAAAGGAAGGGGAGAUCGGAGUGGCGAGCGGGCUAGCGAGAGGGAGGGUCGCGGGGACCACGUUGACGAACGGUUCGCGACGGAAGUUCCGGCAUUGACCCUUGUCCCGACUCGACUUGCCGGACUCCAUUCCGGAAGAAGCGCGCCCGCGGAUGCUGGACACGGUGGCCAUCUUGGAUCGUGAGACGAUUGCGUCGCCUUUGUCCAAGUUGAACGCGCGCUAAUUCGACUCGUGGACUUUGCGCCAAGCGAGUGUCCUAAGUAGCGAUAUGAAAAAACGGCGCCUUCUUCAAUUGCGCGCGGUACUCUAUCCGUACACCGUCAUUCUCGAUCUGCGGUAAAGCUUGCGAGUGCCGCGGCCGAAAAAUGCCACGCAUCGAACUCUCCUUGCGAUCACCUCGGGAUUUCGCGGACGAGCACCGGGACCGCGUUCAAUUUGCUCAACGAUCGACGCUACUCGCCCUUUGUUCGCUCCUAGCUAAACCCUCUUUCGCCUAGCGUGGCACGAUCGCGCACGGUCGUCGCAAGAAUGUGCCAUUAUUGCGUCACCAUGCGUCGUUCGCUUGCUCGCUCGCUCGCUAGCUCGGUCAACAAGUCGAUAUGUAUAUAAGAACGUUACAUCGGUAAUUUUCCAAUUCCACCGACGGAGGUGUAGCACUCGUGCACGCUCAUGCGCGGGAUGUAAUCGGGUGAGGCUGAUUGUGAAAGAGAUAACACGCCGCGAGUGGCUAGCGGGGGAACACGAGGGAAGAAACCUUUAACCAAGAGAUGGAACAACAUGCGCGACAUCGUGCAACGCAGAAUAGCGGGACGAAUGCGACGCGAUCAGCGCUAAGAUGGGAAUUCCCGUCAGGUCCGGCCAAAUAGUCCGGGACGACCAGCGGUGUACUUUUCACCGGAACGCAUUAGCGGUUCCGUGAUUCCCGGAUGAUCGUUAGAGAUAGUCUAUUUAGAGGUACAGGAAAACCACUCCUCUAAGGAUUGUACGUCGACGCGUUUACGGUGGAUUCGGUUAUAAACAGAGAUCAGGCUUUGGUGUGGAGUUUUUGGGAACGAUUUCCAUACCACGACGCAAGUCCUUCCUGUCCUCUCUCGGACCGAGCGAUGUCUCUAUGGAACAAGUACCACAGGAGACUCUCUCUUCUCUUGCCGGUACAAGCAAAUCGGACGGGGAGGGUUGGAACUCGUUCGUUUUAGCCCCAUUCUCUCGUACUGUCUAGGAUGUACCGCCGCAUCAGCAGUUUGUCAUGUUCCGGGCCAUCCGAUCCGACCUGGUCAUUGAGUUUGAACUUUUGCGGUACCUUGUAAGAAGUCUAGUGUAGUCAACGCACAGGUUCAAAACAGUGGUGGUCACAUCUGUAGACGUGCGAGUGUUUCUUUAAAAAGCAAAAACUCCCAUAUCCUGCAAUUCUCGCCACCGUAACGUAGACACGAGUAACGUAUUUGUGAUCCUGCACCCCCUCGCGUAUGCGCCCACACGCCGCGAAUAAAUAUUUAACAUAAACCGUACCUGCUUAAGGAUUACUAUUUAUUUCUCCAAGCCUAAUUAAUGCGUGUUGUAUAUUUGUACAGAUGCCUUAUCGAUAAUGGCGUGUUUCGAUGUAAAAUCUGUGAAUAGGUAAAAAAAACACCGUGUAAACAUUGUAAAUAAUCCGUUUGUAUAGUAUGUAUGAUGUAUAGUUUAAAUAUAUAUAUAUAUAUAAAAAUAGCAUAUUUACGGUACUCCGUGUAGCUCCCAGGUUGACACAGAUAAACGUGUGUAAAUAAUGAAUAAAUUGAAAAUGGUAAUCACAAAAA